AUCAAAUUUCGGCAUGUGUAUAUUAUGUACAUAUUCGUUUGAUUUUACAGCCAACAUAUCCAUACAGCGGUUGUAUUGUUCAAAGUGGUCUGUAAUUAUUCUCGAAAUGUAGUACUGGAUUACAAACUUAUAGAAUUCUGUGAUUGAAUGUAACGGUGGUACUUAUCUUCCUGCUUCAAAUAGGCCACAAUGAAUUCCAAUAAUUAUAUCAAGAUGGAAACUGUUGCAAGAAAUUAUCAACAACAGUAUUAUGAACUUCUUCCUGACUGGUUUGAAUAUAAUCAAUGUGAGUACAAAUAUAUUGAGCAACAAAUUGGAUUUGCACUUUUUGGUCCUCCUGAUAUUAAUACAGAUAGGGAAGACAGUAUUGUGAACAGUUCUGACAUAUUCAGUAAAGUCAAGUAUAAUAAUGACUCUUGUAAAUGUAUCAGCUCUAUACAUCAGAAGAUACUCAAGUAUGGUGAACAAAAGUCUACUAAGCGUAUUUACAUGGCUAUAAUAUAUAAUGUUAUAUUCAAUCACGAAUCACCAGUGAAAUUCACAAAUGAUAGCAAUGAAAAGUCCAAUGAGAUAUUUGCAUUCCCAGUGUUUAAAAUAAAGAGGGAUAUUAGUGUUGUAUGGUAUAUUGAUAAUAAUGCCAGGGUGUACAAAAGUUGGGAAGAUUAUUUAAAAAAUAAUGAGUUACCUAAGUGUUUAAUGGUUGUACCAAAGGAUGGAGUUUAUCAAUGUAAUCCAUCCUAUAACAUUACACAACACUCUUCAACUGUGUGGAUUCAAAUAUUACAAUCACCUUCUUGUUCAACUAUAAAGACUGUUGUAAAAUCUAUUGACAUUGCUUCAAAUGUGUUAAGUCUUGGUACAGCUGUUGGACUAACAGCUGCAGCUGCUUUUACUCCUAUUGGACCAGUAUUAGCCAGUGCAGGACUAGUCAGCUGUGGCCUAAGUGGAUUAUGGAAUGUUGCUAGAAGUUCACAAAAAUUAGUAGAUCUCAAUAGCCACGAAGGAUCUAUCAGUCCUGCGAACAAAAAUGCCUUAUCUGCAUGGAUAGGAAUAACCGGUUCAGCUUUAACUAUAGGGGCGAAUGGUGGAACCAUGUUCUUAUCACAAGCAGUUGCAAAGGGCACUCAAAUAAGUACUGCGGCAAAACUAGCUUACAAUGCAGUGGUAAUAGGUAAUCUCACAGUAAAUGGGGCUGGUGUAGUUUAUCAAGGCUGCUGCUUAAUUAGCAAAUACAAGAAGACGAAAACAGUUGAUCCAUUUGAUAUAGUUAUGUUCAGCUCACACAUUUUAUUCUUCAGUAACAGUAUAGUAAAUACCAAAUUGGCUGGUGAGCUUAUAGGAACAUCGAAUGGAACUGUUCUUGAAAAAUUUAAGGGCAUAAGCUCUUUGAAUACAAAAACCUGGCAGAAUAGUCUCCAGAUAAUGUCUGAAAAUGGUAAACUCCUGAUAAAUGGUAUAACGUUGUUAGACCCUCUAUUGGUCACAGAACAGUUGCUGACAAUAGGUGCGAUAGCACUUACAGGGUCAAAUUCGUUGUCUUCGUUAAUUAACUCUCGAACAAUGGCUGCGUUAAAAACUUUACUUUCAACUCUGCUACGAAAUUACUAUUCUGAGAGGCAACAUGAAGUGCCUCAUAUUAAUGACUUCCAUCAGAUACUCGAAGAGAUGACACAUAUGGAUAAUGCUGUAGAUAUAUUGAAAAUGGUUUUCCAGAUUGGUGUGACUUUGAUAACAUUUGAUAAAGAGCCAUCAAAGAUUUUGCACAAGGUAAUUUUCUUCGUAUGGGAAUACUGCAAGGCUAAUUUAAAGCAGAGAGCCAUGAACGCGUGUUCUCCUUUUAAAGGUAGUACCGCUGUAUACUCUUUGUUGGCUAAAAUCGUCACAAAUGUGUUCCGUCUUCUUGAUAUGUUACGCGAUGAUUUGUAUUCUGCUUUUAAUUCGUAUAUGUUAUAUAGAGAGCCAUGGAAUACUCUCUAAUACAAAUAACUCUACUCGCGCUAGUACGCACUUGCAAGUGUGCAGAGAUAAAUGUAUUUUUAAUUAAGUUAAGACGUAUUGCAAUUUUUGUACGAGUCAAAAAACAAAAAUUGUUGAUGUUAGGUUAAUAUUUUUUACUAAGAUUGUAUUGUAACGAACACCUGUUGUGAUAAAGUACAAGACACAAAUAAAUGAUGAAAUGUUAUGUUAGAACUAUGUAGUUUAAAGAAUUUAAGAGAAUGUAUUGCGCACAAUUUUGUUACGAAUGUUGUUAUUAUAAAAAAUACACUUGUUAGUGAACCAAUAUAUAAAAUAGAAAU